GUGCGAUUUUAAAUUGAGCCGUGAAUGUUGCACAACGAAUCGGAACGCGAGCGUGGCCCAGCUGGUUAGGGUGGCAUCGCGGACGGAUCGGAUCAGAGAUGGCUAGCUAGAUCCAACCCUUCGUAAAACGCACGUAACGGUGCAUGAUCGUUGCGAGAGGAGCUGUAACGCAUGAAUUUUAAACAUACUGUUUCAGAAGAGCCUUGCUGCUCAUGUUAUGGACUUGCGCAGAAAAGCGUAGCCCUGAAAAAUGAGAGUUCAGGAAUGGAAUUUGUAGUGGAUAUCUUGGGCACAUUGAGUCAUGAAGACCUUGAGCAGUCAGCAGAAGAGUACAUGUCAGACCUUCUACGCAGCAACCCAGAUAAGCCAGAAUACUUUACGCUGCCCAACACCAGACAGAUUCCCCUCAGUCUGCCCAACAUGGGCUUCGUGCCCAUCUACGGAGCGGACCUGAAGCGCAAGGUGCUGGCUCUGUUUGCACCAGAAGACCAGUUCACAGCUGUAGCACUUUACUUGGCAGAUCAGUGGUGGCCAUUGGAGGAAAUCCUCAAGACCUCUGAUUCCUCCCGAGAAGGUCUCCUGAAGGUGAAGACACUAGGAGAGAGGAUAGUCUUGUAUGUUCUCAAUCGCUUAGUGUACCGAGCGAAAGAGAUCGACAAAAACGAAGUGCCCUUUCUUUGUCAUAGUGAAACUGAUUAUGCCAAAAUCCUCUGGAAAGAUGGUGAGGCUGUGGGAUUUUACUCCGUUAAACCCAAAGGCAGCUUGUGCAGCAGUUUGUUGACACAGCGCUAUCUACUUCCUGUAAUGGAUUCAAUAUUUGUCAGGAAAGCCCAUCGAGGCAAUGGGCACGGCCUGCAAAUGCUGGAAGACUUUGUGGAUUCUUUCAAGGAGGAUGCCCUUGGGUUGAGGUAUCCCAUUUCACCGGCGAUGUACAAAGUGUGUGGAUGUUAUCUCAGCACAUAUCCAGCAGACCAAGAUCUCCUCUGGGAGGUUGAGAGUGUUGGAGGGCCGUUCCAAAGGUCCCAGGUGGCCAGUAAGAUUCAAGAGAUGUCUGUAGAAGGCGAUCAUCCUCCUGCAGGAGCAGAGUUGCUAAAUGAAGAUGUAACAGCGAUAGAAAUAUUCAGGGAAGGAGAAACGUCUCCAGAAUCCAUGAAAGAAGUGGAAGUCCUCAGUGAACACAUCCUAACAACAGAAGGUACUGAAGACACAGCAGUUUCAACAUGCACAAGAAGUAGCGAAUUCAAGCGCAAGCGGCUGAGAGAGGAAGCAGAAGACAUUAAAGAGAUAUUGCCAGAAAAAAUUAACAGGGUGGAGGAAGCUGCAACAGAGACCGCGACCCCCUCUGAAGAGCUAGUGGAGGUGCAGGAGGGGGAGAAAGACCAGGGUGAUGGAGGGAUGGAGGUUAUGGCCUCAGAUGCUCCAGUGCACACGGUGACCCUGGACAAGGCUCAAGCUGGGGAGGUGGGGCUUCUGAAGGAGCCAGAGCAAGUGAAUGGAGAUCAGGCCAGCAGCGUGGGGGAGGUAGAAUCGGAAACAAGCGAGGGUUCGAGGGAGCCAGGCGCUUUGCAGGAGAACGGUGCCCUGGGGGAGGGGGAUGAGAGCCAUGAGUAUGGCGAUGGGGUGGUGGAGCAUGAGGAACCAAUAGAUGUUAGUGUUGAACAAUCAGAGAGAACUGCACCACCCAGAGAAGACCCCCCAGAGAUACAAGUAGAGGAUUCCCCAGAGAUAUCAGUGGCAGUACCGUCAUCAAUUGAGGAGGUCACAUCACAAGUGGAAAAGGAGAUUCCUUUAGAGGCAGAAACUGAGGCCCCUUCAUCAAUGGAGGAGUCCACAUCACCAGUGGUGAAUGAGGACCUUCCAAUGAAGCAACAGGUUCCUGCAACACCUAAAGACAAGGCAUCUGAGCAGGCAGAGGUGAAAAAGGCUGAAAUGAGCGAGAAGGAUCCAGGAUCAACAGAACAUAGUAUUUUAGAUAUGCCAAAGGAAGUGGACAUUCCUGUCGAAAUACUAUCAAGUGACAAGGUGACGGAGGAGAAAACAAGCCAGGGAGCUAAAGCUGUAGAGAAAGAUGCUUCUGACACGUCAGUAGAAUUAGCAGAUGAUGAUCUCAGUCAGGAUACUGUGCUGCUCGUGGGCCUGAAGGAGGUGUCUUAUCAGUUACCUGUGAAUGAGAAUGAAGAAGAAUUGGCAGAGGAGACGGAACAGCAGGAGGAGUUAGAAGUGGACGUGUGGGGAAAAGAGGAUGAAAAUGUGAAAAGUGGAGAAAUGUUGGAGGCGGUUGGGCAAAAAGACAGUGUAGAGGAGGAGAAUACAGGAGAAAUGAUGAAAGAGGGGAUUAAAGGGGAUGAGAGGGCAGCAGCCAGUGGGGAGGAGACAGACAAUGCUGAGAAGGAGUCUAACGACGUGAUGGAGCCUCCCGUCUCGGACAUGAGAGUUCUGAGGAGGAGGACGGCCAGAGUGUUCCAAGUGCCUCCAACGCGCAAAUCCAAACGGCUGAGCAGACCUCCUGGUGAUGAUGAGGCAGAACCAGUGGAAGCAUUCGAGGAACCAGAGGAGGAGCAUGAAGAGGAAAUGGCAGAGGAAAAGGUAGAAAUGGCUGAAGAGAAAGCCCCUAAGGAGGAGGAGGAGGAGGAAGAGGAGGAGGAGGAAGAGGAGGAAGAAGAAAAGGCCAGAAACGCUGAAGAAGCAGCAGAGAAGAGCUCAGAUGAUGGAGAGGAGCCUCCAGUGGUGGACAGAAGGGGACUUAGGAGGAAAGCUAAGGUGGUCCAGUUGCCAUCGAAACCUAAACCAAAACGACGCAGCAAAACGUAAGAGCAGGACUGUGGGUGUUGGGAUAAGUGUGGUAUUUCUGCUUUGCCUGGGAUAGCUUUAUAGCUACUGUUUUUUGGCAGUUGCUUGGCUUCCACAAAAAUUGGGAAAGUUUUUAUAUUAGAUGGUAGAGGGGAGUUCACAUUUCUUUAUUAUACACUUAUUCAUAAAGUUUAAGUUGUUAUUAAAAAGCUUUACAUGUUUUUUUUUUUUCCCUUCGUUCUGUAGUCGUUCUCCACUGUUUUUGAUACUAUAUCCAAUGCUGCUUUAUAGCUUAUGCCGUUUUAAUCUAGAUUGUUCUGUUAGCAUUUGAAGUUUUCUUAAAUCUCUACUGGAUUAAUCUCAUCAAUAUCAAAAGUGUAAUGCCUUGUACUUCUUGAAGCGCAAAGACAAUGCUGGACACAUCAUGUUUACGUGUUAAAACAGGGACGUUGUGGGUCUUAUUCCACAGAUAAGAUGAACUUUAUUGAUCCCAGUGGGAAAUUUUUUGAGAGAAGCCUACUGACACCCUCUAGCAAUCUUGCGAAUAUAUUAAGAUGCAGGUAUACCUGUUCAGAGGUAAAUUUAAGAAGAGAAAUGAAAGCAAGCAGUUUUUAAAAGGGAAGGGAUGCAGACAUAUUCACACAAUGCAAAUUUGCUUUGCUAACAUAAAUCUAAAAAAUUAAGGGAUUUGGAAGACAACAGGCUAGAAACGUAACCUCUAGUUCUAUAUAUCACCAAAAUGGAUUUUCCUCCUCUGUGUAUUACUAGCAAGAGUAUUGUUUCAAUUUUCGAUCUGCCUGUAAAAUUUUAAAUGACGUUGCCCAUUAAACCCAGUGUAAAUGGAUUUUUUUGUUUAGAUCUGUAUGAAAUGUUUUUAAGUCAACUUUUUAAAACAUGAACACAACUCAGAUACCGAUCGAUUUAUUGGAGGUGUGUCAACUUUCAGAUUCGUCUUAACUGGCACAUUCUGUUCUUUCAAUCACUCAUCACAUUAGAUAGACGUGGCAAGUAUUUAACUCAGUUUAGUAUUUAACUGAUGCAAAUACGCUUUCAGCAUAGCACAUAAAUUCAGUUGUUAAGUAGCAUUAAAAGAUACUGUUUUUCCCCAUAUUCAUCACUUGAUUUUUGGGCUUGAAACGGUCAUAUUUGUACACAGUAAGGAUUCUAUGGGUCAGAAAACGGAAAAAUACGCCGCUGUAUAAAGGCCCAGGCUUAUCAGUAAAUACCAAUACUCCUUUGCUCACUUUUAUAUGCAUUUUAAAUAAUUAAGUAAACUAUACAAGGGCUUUAAAUGUUGCUUCAUUAGCACCAAAUGAAAUGUUAUUGGUACCAGUUUGUUUCAGUGACUGAAACCACAUUCCAGUAAUUCCUGUAUGUGCCCCUUUAGAAAAUGUUCCAAGUAUUCAGGUAUAACUUUCAUGUUAACUUGACCUUGGCGUUAUUUUGAAUGGGGUGGAAAAAAAACAUCAUUGAAAAGUAGAUUGUAUGGAUUCAUUCUCCCAUUUCUAUGAUGAAAUUUUAGACAGUUAAACUUAAAUGAGGUCUAAAUGGAAAAUGCUAAACAACUUCAAUGGUCAUGUUUGAAAUCUGGGACGGGGCUGUAAAACCUGUAUAAAACCUGUACCUGAGCAAAUUAAACCGUGAACUGUUCCAAUAACGUUUUGGUAAAGAGGAAAAAAACACAUGUUCUUGAAUUUUCUUGCUUAUUCUUAGGAAAUAAAGAUUUCUGUUACUGACCA